GUGGUAUACGGUCUGAUAUACCACGGCUGUCAGCCAAUCAGAAUUCAGGGGGCUCGACCCACCCAGUUUAUAAUUCAGAAUAGAGCGCAGCAUCCAAUCGACGUUUCAGUUUUGAAUAGUAAAAGACUGUGUGAAGGCUAUGCCUAUGGAGGAUCGGAUGACUGACUGUGUGACUACAGGAUUGAUUGUGAUUCGUGGAUAAAGAGUGGUUCAUCAUUUUGGUAAUUUGUACAUAUAUUUUUGCAUAUAAAGCAUUUUGUUCCCAUGAUCAAGGACAUUCUUGAAUGAAAAUGUCUGAAUAACUAAAAGCUGAUACCAAAUAAAUCAAUGCUAUAUUGUGUAAGAUCUUUCACUUCCCUUUUUGUGAUUUGUGUUUUUAUUUUGGCCAGAUAAUUUGUUUUUCUAUGACCAAAACAGAGGUAUUGUGAUACUACUUGGAACCAUGAUGGCCGAGCUGGUACCGUGACAACCUGUCAUCUUCAUACUCUAAGCCAAUAAUGAGCGUGUUCUAAAACUUGUCAAAUCUAAUUUUAUUUGUCACAUACACAUGGUUAGCGGAUGUGUAGCGAAAUGCUUGUAAUUGCAAGUUAGAGAGAUCACCUCCCCCAAAUGAAGGAAGUUAAUCACAAGGCUGGUGUCAGAACAGUGCUGUCCAACCGCUAUCAACUUCUGGUCCUUUUUUUGGGGGGGGGGUUGGUGAAUAAGAUGUAUGGGGACAGCUGCCCCGCCUCAGUGAGUAUUUCACUGAAGAUGAAAAUGAUUAUCUUUCUCUUGCUUCUUCUAUUAGAUGACCCUGAGAUAGAAGCACAACAAUGGACAGAGGUGAAUGGACAGGUAUACGGACACGUUCUGCUGAGAUUUAUCUUUCCUCCCUUCUACAAUGGUUAUGAGAAGUUAUGUUCUAAACUAUAUCCGGGGCCAAUUCCUGUUGUGAAUACCAGAGGAUAUGUCAACCACUUCUACAAGGGAAGAAUAUCGAGAACGGAAUACAACGGUGAGAUGUACGUUAUGAUAUGGAAUUUAAAACCCGUGGACGCUGGCGACUACAGGUGUGUUGUCAGCAGUGUGAAUCAUAUCUACUCUGACUUUCACCUCCACAUUGAUAGUGGUCGACGUAGCGGUCUUGUACCCCCUCGACCUCGUGUCAGAUCAACCAUCAGACCCUCCAUCUCCUCAUCAUCCUCCUCCUCAGACACCUCUGGGCCUGUUUUCCCCAGUGUUUCCUGGAGUGUUGGUAUACCACUGGCUGCAGGUCUCUGCAUCACGAUGGGGAUCGUUAUCUGUUCAAUCAUAGUUGCUGUGGUUCAUCGCAAAGUCAGGGCAAAAAAGAAAUGUGGAGCAACGUCCAGUGACUCAGCAGCCCACAUCGUCUCACAUGUCCCUCAAGAGGAGAGCAGUAUUGUCUACACCACAGUGAACUUCAAACCUCAUGAGAACCAUACCACAGAGCUGUAUGCUAACCUACAGACACUCAGCAGCCCCAGAGGUCAUGACCCUGACACACACAGAGAGCCUGCUGGGACGGUGGUGUACUCCACAGUGGCUAGCAACCAACACUGAACCGGAUUGUUACGUAUCUGUAUCUUUCUUAGCCUGGUGGUCACAGAUCUGUUUGUGCUGUCUUGAUAUGCUAUCAUGACCAGGCUAUCUGUAUAAUCCUUAGUUGCUACAUAUUUAACAUUUUUUAUUAAUUUUAUUAACUUAUAAAUGCCUCAUGAGCUUAGUUCA